CAGAUCCGCUGACCGUAGCGACCUGUCAUAGCUUUGGAAUGUGGCUCCAUGAAAUAAGAUUUCAAGAUCAGUUCUGAACACGAAAAACAACAUCUUCUAUAGCCUUCGCUUGUAAAGAUGAAAGGGCUAAUUUAUGUACUAGGGUUGUGCCUCACAGCUCAAGCUCUGCCAGGAGUUCCCACAGCCGUUGCAGAUGCAAGUGAUAAAGGCCUUCCUCCAGACAAGAGACUGGUAUGCAAGCUCGACUUCACAAGUACAAAAGGCACCGUUGUCGAGGACUCUUCUGGAUAUGCCAACAAUGGAUAUCUUGUUGGGGGUUCUAUUCUCGUUCACUUUAAUGAGGGCAAAUGUGGCAAUGCUGCCUAUACGUACUGUGGGGAUAUCUUAUUCCACGGCGAUACCUUCCAGGGCAAGCCCUAUGUAGCCGCCACCAUCGCUGCGUGGGUGAAACUGAAGGAGGUGGAGGGGAGCCACUCCAUCUUUGACACGAUUGGUAUCAGUCACCAGUGCGGGCAGUUCCACUUUGAGGUGAACAAUGGCGCCGUCAGGUGGUUUCACCGGAACGAGACUCAGCAGACGAUCUUCUCGUGUAACGCAGAGGGAGAGCAGGUCAAGGCCGAUAAGUGGACCCACAUCGCUGGUACAUACGACUCCGCUACUGGCAAAGCCAAGGUCUACAUCAACGGACUUCUCAGAAACAUGACCACUGGCUCUGGACUCCUGUCACGUGACUGGCUUACGCGCGCAGGUAUAGGCGACCAUAAGGCAAACAGACCUCUGAAGGGAUUCGUCGAUGACUUCAGAAUUUACAACUACGCACUCAACAAAGCCGAGAUCUUUCAGCUCGCUCAGGAAUGCGGUCUCCUGUCUGCAGCCCCGGCGGCCAAGAAGAAGACAUUUGACAUCACGGAACCUUUGAGUGACAGCGACGCUGCUCCUUCCAAGGCCGCCAUCGCAUCAAGCGACGACUUCCUCCCCAUAAAGAAAGAGCCACGACGCAACGUUCAGAACCAGGACACCAUUGAGGAAGCCGUCCUCAAGCGCUCACAAGUCUAAGACUCCCCUCAAUUAUACGUCGCCUGAAGAUCUCUGAUGUUGUCAUGGUGAUGGACGUUCAUGAUGAUGUGGCAUCGUAGCAAUGACCUUUGAUUCUGUAAUGAACAGUAAUCACGAUGGCAUUUAUCAUUGUGAUGAACGUCAAUCAGGAUAAUGUCAAUCAUCCUGAUUGACGUCUAUCAUUAUGAUGACACCGAUGUUGAUUGACAUUUAUGAUGAUGAUACCCAUGAAGCCUUGAUCAUCGUGACAGUCAUGUGGUUGUGGGUUUUGGUUAUGAUGAUGUUGCCUAUGAUAGGAUCAUUUGUGGUGGUGUCAACCACUAUAUAAGCAACAUUAUUGUCAUUUUGACUUGUUCUGUUGUGUCAUGUUAUGACUUACCCAGUCGUCUCGAACCUGACGCUGAAUUCAACUUUCCAGAUUAACCUUGUCGAAUAGCUCUCUAUUGCUGAUGUACAUAUACGAUAUAUUUAUUGAUAAAUACAAGGGAAUUCGGUUAGAAAAGGAUCAGGAGAUUGAGAUACUUCAAAGACUUAGGGGAAGGAUAGAUAUCAAAUUGAAUACUUUUUGGCAGCAUUUACAAAUACUUUACUUUGUGAAAAUACGAAACCGUUGUUAUGUAGUUUGUAAACGUGGCCAAGGAAUUAAUAGGAAACAAAUUCACACAUAACUGUUGACAAAAAAGAGAACGUCGUCACAAUAGUAUAUUGAUCAUAGUACGUGCAAAAAAGAAAUAAGAGGAAUAAAAGGAAAAUAGCGAUGUUCAAAGGGUAUAAAGGUCCAUUGUUUGUAUGGAGAAAAAUGUAAUAAACUUGGGUGUAUAUUUAAAAA